UUUUUUAAUAAAUGCACCUCUUCCAAUGUUUAUGCUCUGCAAUAUUGCCUGCAUUUUUGACUGCUGGAAAACACAAACUAAUUCCAAUGAAGAUGCAGAGGAAUUAACUGGAUUGUCAGAAGCAGGCGGACCGACCCUGCUGCCAUCUACCGGGGGAAAAAUCAGGAAGUUUCAACAUGGCUUCCGCCCAACUGGGCGCAGUAAGCAUGGUAAACCACAUAUGACUCAUAAGCUCUUCAAGAACAAAAAUCAUAAUUCAUCAUAUCUUUCACCUGAAAUGGCUGAAGCAAGACGUAGACGUUUGCAAGAAUUAGUGAAGAGAACGGGAAAUAACACAUGCGCAGAAUGUGGCAAAAAAAAUCCAGAAUGGGGAUCUUACAAUAUUGGUGUAUUUAUUUGUACUUCUUGUGCUGGGUUUCACCGAAAUCUAGGCUCACACAUAAGCAAAGUGAAAUCAAUUCUUUUGGAUAACUGGGAUACAGAUCAGCUAAGUAUGAUGGAAGAAGUGGGUAAUAUGAAAGCAAAAGCAAAAUACGAAAUGUAUGUUCCUCUUUGCUACAGAAGGCCCUGUGAUACUGAUCCUGAUGUUCUAAAAGAGCAAUUUAUAAGAGCCAAAUAUGAACGUGAAGAGUUUAUUCACGUGGACCGACAAACAUACACAAAUGGUUCCAUGGAAGGGUUUCUGUGGAAGAGGGGAAAGGAAGAUGGGAGGUUCCAGCAAAGAAAAUUUGUACUUAGUGAAACUGAAGGAACAUUAAAAUAUUAUGUAAAAGAGUCUCACAAAGAACCCAAAGCAACAAUUCAAGUCUCAGAUUUAAACAUGACAUUUUGUCCAAAGAAAAUUGGAAAUCCUAAUGGCGCACAACUUACUUAUGUUAAAGAUGGGUCUACUAGAAAUAUAUUUGUAUACAGCACAAAUGGCUCAGCAAUUGUUGAUUGGUACAUGGCAAUAAGAUAUGUAAAGCUCAACCAGUUACUUGUUGCCUAUCCUGGAAUGAGUGAGUUAGAAUUGUCACAAUUUCUGACAAGGGACUUUUUAAAAGAAGGGUGGAUGUUCAAAACUGGACCAAGAGCUAGUGAUUCAUACAAAUGGAGGUGGUUUACAUUAGACGAUCGUAAGCUCAUGUAUCUAGAAGAGCCUUUGGAUCCAUAUCCAAAAGGAGAAGUUUUCCUUGGUUAUCAUGCUGAUGGUUUCGCAGUAAAAAAAGGAGUUCCACCAGGAAUGAAGGAGCAAGGAUAUGGUUUCACAUUACGGACUCGUGAUCGGAUCUAUCUUUUAGGGGUUCAGAAAGAAGAGGACCGAGAAGAGUGGAUGAAGGCAUUACAAAGUGUCAUUGAUCGACCUUUAACACCGCAAGACAAUACCAUGGCAGCAAAUUUAGUGAGGAAAAGAAGCACUUUUAGUUCUCCUCUACAUCUAUUAAAAGUGAGGUAGUUUCAUCUCAACAUCUAGGACAAUAUUUUAAAUUUAAAAGAGAGUUAUUUUAUUCUCAUUAACAUGUUUGUGAGACUUAUUCAUAUGAAAUGAAUGGUAGUUUUUACUUUUGACAGUAAUCUAAUGCAGGAUUUUUGUGAUUUCUGUUUGAAUUAUGGUCAUUUAUAAGUGAACAAGCAUCAGAUAUGGUAAGAGCUUUGCUAAUGUUUAUAAUUUUAUAUAUGUGAGAUUUAAAGAAUAGUCAUUUAUUCAUUUAGCAUUCAUUUAAAGGCAAAUUGAGGCUUCAAUUAAAAUUAAAGACAGUCUUUUCCAUGAAUAAUUAAAGCCUGAAAUAUUGUGUAGCUGUUUUAUUGUCUAAUUAAAAGGCACAUGAAGUGCUAUCAGGCUCGUGCAAAGUACUUAACAAGUGUGAUAGGAAAUUAUGAAUGAAGAACAUUAAUAAUUCAGAAAAUAUAUGAUAUUUUGCAUGUUGUUAAGCUUUAUGUGAGAAUAUAAUUUAUGUAAAUUUCUAAUAAAUCAUGACCAUGACUGUAAUGAAACACUACAUAAAACAUUUUGGUAAUAUUUCAUUUCAUAAAGUAAUAUUAUGCAGUUAGAAUGUUGGAAAAAAUAACCAAACAAAAGUAAAUUAUACUGAGAUUUUUGUAGACAGUUUCAUCUUAUUUUGUAAAACCUUCAGUGGUGUUUUUAUGUAAAAUUUCAAAUGAAUGUACAUAGUAUACUCUAUUUAUUUUUGACAAUUUUAAAUAUGUCUAAAUCUCGUGAUUUCUUACCAUAUAAGUAAUGCACUGUAACUGAAAUGUUUGACUUUAAAUUGAUUGAUUUCAAAUGUGUAUUUGUCGUAUGAAUUAAAUGUAUGUAUACAUGUUGAUUAAAUAUAUGUAAAAGUUUAUGUAUAAGGUUUUCACCAGUAGUGUUAUCUAGAGUAUCAAGAUUAAGUCAAAUAUGCACAAUGGAACUUUCUGUUCUAAAAUGUUGCCUCAAAACACAGAGCUUAACUUGCAUACAAAAAAAUGCGAGAUUUGCAGUCUUUAAUCUGAAUAUAAAUUUUCUGACUUGUUGUUUGAUUUGAAUAAUUUUGUGUAAUGAAUUUUAUUGUAUAACAUUCAGAUGUAUAUUUUGUAAUUGCCACUUUUUAUCCAGCAUGGUGUGUACUUAAUUUGGUAUGAUAAUUAAUAGAUUUUUUAUUUUAAAAUUGUAAAAAUGCAAGCAAAAUUUUGAAUCUUCCAUGACUUAAAAGUAUCUUCGGCAUAAAUUAAGAUUUUAAUUGAUUUCAUCAUUGUAUAUUAUUAAAAGAACUUUUAGAAUUAAAAAUGUGAUAUGUUGUUACUGAUGAUCUGGUCAAGCCAUUAGCAGAAAUUUCAGUGGCUAUAAUAACUGUAUAUAAAAAGUCGUAUUUGGAAUUAAAGAUAACUGAUCAGCAAGUUCAAUUUACUUGGCUCAAAAUUUACGAACUUAAAGAAAUGUUUAGUAGAAAUAAAGUAUAUAUGUCUCUCAAAAACUUAAUUCAUAGAAUCAGUAACUUUUCUAGAACAUUUUCUGUUCUUGCCCAUGUUUGCAUCUUUUAAAAUAAACUGAAAUUCUUACAUAGUUUAUCUGUGUUUGUGGAAGUUUAACAUUGUAUUUUUUAGUUUAGAGUUUUACUCAGUUUUGAAAAUGAAUGUAGACUGUUAUUAACUAAAGUUACCAUAUUCUUCCUAAAAAUAUUUUUUAUUUUUUUAAAAUAAAUUAAUCAUGUGUUUAGGACUCCAGCAAUAUCAGAUUAGUAGACAGAGUCAAUGUUAAGUGGGUAAUAUACAUUUCUGUAUAUAGGGUUUUCAAUUUAAAAGUGGCUUGCACAUUUUAAGGUACAUAAUUUUGUGCAUAUAGUAUUUUCUUUCUUUGCAGUGGCUCUCCAUUUCUUGUACUGUUACAUUAUGUGUAAGAAACAGGUAAGCCAGUUUGGUAGGUAGGGGUAAUUUUUUAGAAGCAAAAACAGAUAUGAUUUGAUUGAAGAAGCAAAUUUUGAACACUGUUGUCUUGUGUAUUUUGUUUUGACUGAAAUUUUACUGUUGUACUUUGGUAAACAUGUGCAGUCCAAGAUUUCCAUUCAUGGUGACAUUUUUAUUUUAUGUCAGGUAUUUUUCACACAUUAGAUAUGAUUUCAAGUGGACAUGUGUGUAACCAUGAUUUCAAGUGGACAUGUAAAAUUACCAACUGUCAAGCACUGCAAAUCACAUUAAUUUUUAAGUCUUUUUUUGUAUUUUAAAAAGAUGUUGUGAGUAACUGUGGAUGCUGAAACUUGUCUAGAUAUUAUCUGGCAGAUCAGUGCAUUAAUGCAGGAGGAUGAAUAUCACUCUGAGAUGUGCUGCAUAUAAUAAACUUAAGAUAAAUGUGAUAUGUCAUACAACUAAUUACAUUAUGACAAUAUUGGAUGAUUUUUUUGGUGACAGAAAUCAUAUUUAAAGGGGGCAUUGUCUCCAGAUCUUAUCAGUGUACACUUUACUUUUUAUAGAGGACAGAUAGCAUAAAUACCUUGGAAAAGCUGAAAAUUAAUAUCACUGCUGCCAUCCAAAGAAAUAACAAGGAAAAGCUACUUAGGUUUACGAGGAACAUGUAGAUAAAUGCACUGAAGUGGAGGGAUGUCAUUUCCAGCAUGUGCUGUAAGCAAGGUGUGUUUCAUAAAUAUGUACUCUUAUUGCUUCUUCUAAAGGCCACUUUUAAAUUGAACAUCCUGUAUAUGAUCUGCAACAUGCAUAUUCGACCCACUGCCAUUUUUCUUUUAUUUCACAAGAAUUCCAGGCUGAUACUAGGAGAAAAGGGAAUGAUUGUUAUUUUUAGAUUUUGUCAAUUUGAUUAAAUGGAGAUUUUAAGAAUUAUGAAUUAAAUUUAUGUGGUUUAUCUGCAAUGACAGCUCAAUUUUAAAAUUGCUGAAGACAUAAAACUUACUUUAUCUUUUAAUUUUUUUUUAUUAAAAAUAAUGCUUUAAAACUAGUAAGUUAUUUAUAUCAGUAUUGAAAAGCUAGCAAAUAUAGCUAGGAAUUUGAGUAAAGAAAAGUAUUUUAUAAUGUUUUAAAUAUUUUUAAUAUAUUAAAUGUAUUCUUCUAAAUAUACAUCAUUUCUUGAAUAUUAAAAAAAAAUGAGUUAUAAAUGAGUGGCUUUUGAGA